AUGAACCACUCCGUCCACUCUGUCUGUUCUCAGUUGGAUGGAUAUACCAUUUGCUUUGACUCGACAGACCACCCGUUCUAUCAUUCGUCCCAGCCCACACUCAUCGACGGUGUAUCAGACCCUAUCCUGACUCUAGCCGGACCCAUUUUAGCUUAUUGGACGUUAUCCUUGUUCUUCCACUACCUUGACACUGCUGAAUGGAAGUGGUUCGAAAAAUACCGCAUACACGAGUCGGCGGAAAUACAGUCGAAAAAUCUAGUGUCUCGAACACAGGUCGUUUGGGCCGUUAUAUUUCAGCAGAUAGUCCAAACUGUGCUUGGUAUUUUUUGGCUAUCGGAUGAUAGUCACGGAGACUACGUACAGGGCCUGCAUCAUAUAGCUCAAUAUCUGGCAGUGAUAAUGCGAAUACUGGGGACAGAACGGGAAGCGCAAUUACUGCCAAUGGUGACUUAUGCGGUCUAUUGGUGGGUUAUCCCGACAUUGCAGCUCCUGCUUGCCAUGUUCGUCAUCGAUACUUGGCAAUACUUCCUCCACCGGGCGAUGCACGAUAACAAGUGGUUGUACCGGCACUUCCAUUCGUGGCACCAUCGUCUAUAUGUACCUUAUGCUUAUGGGGCCCUUUAUAACCAUCCUGUGGAAGGAUUUCUUCUGGAUAGCGUCGGUGCUGUCAUUGCGGAAUCAGUAACCAGGAUGAAUUCACGACAGGCUCUUCUUCUUUUCGUUGUGUCAACUCUCAAAACUGUAGAUGACCAUUGUGGAUAUAGACUGCCUUUUGAUCCUCUUCAAAUUAUUACCAGUAACAACGCUGAUUAUCAUGAUAUUCACCAUCAGAUCAUUGGGAUCAAGUCCAAUUUCUCUCAGCCGUUCUUUAUUCACUGGGAUUCUAUCUUGGGUACUCGCAUGACUCGCCAGGAGCUUGAGUCUCGUAAACGACGAGACUGA